CAUGAUGGGUUAUUUUGGCCGCACAGGUGAAUAUGGGCGACUUUCGUUUUCCGGCUAGUGUUAAAGCUUAGGGUAUGUGACGUCUUUAUAUCCCUGUUGCUGAUCUAGCCACAAUAAUUAAAUCAACAAGAGAGAAAAUCACAGGACGAUUCUGGAAGAGUUUUUAUUUUAAAGUGUAUUUUUACGGAACACAGAAGAGCGCAAAGGUAGGCGCGCGUUUAACCAUGGCCAUGGUUUUACUUUCUACUAUUCUUCUGUACUGCGUUAUGAUGAUCAUCUAAUUUACUGGGGACAAUGCUGGGAUUUCCAGAGGUAUAUUUCAGCCUAAUAUUCCUGCUGCGUCUUGUUUGGGGCAGAGUAAUCUACAAUGGAAAUGAUGUGUUUCUAGAAGAGGAGUCAGCAGACAUGUUUCUCUCUCGUACACUACUGUAUAACAGUUGGGACUUUGAGGCAGUGGUUCCUGGCAAUCUAGAGAGAGAAUGCUAUGAAGAAAUUUGCUCAUAUGAAGAAGCUAGUGAGGUGUUUGAAGAUGACAAACAGACGUCUGCGUUUUGGAAGGACUAUGUCAGUAGUCACGAGAAUUUGCCACCGGUGGAUGUGUCUGGUUUGGUGGCUGGCAUUUUGGCUAUUGUAAUAACGGGAAUUAUAGUUGCUGUGCUUGGCAUUUAUUGCUACAAGAACAGAGGCAAAACUGCAAGAGGGGACAGUGUUCCUGUACAAACGGCAGUGGAUGGACGUUCAGCACAGGAAUCUAUACCUUUGACUAUUAUUGAGCCCCCAGGUCUUCCCUCUUACAAUGAGGCUCUGACCCGCUGUGGGCAACAUGAUGCACCCCCACCUCCUUACUCUAGGGACGGUCCAUCUGAGCCACCAGAUACUCAAGAUUCUGCUGAGUGACAAAGAGAUGUGGGGGGCUCAAGAUGACUUAAAUAUAUAAACAUUUUAUAAUAUUAAAAUCUGAUAGCUUUUAAUGUUAUAGGUUGUUUACUGUAACAACGGUAAACAUGGUGUGAGCCUAAAACAUAUAAACAGACAAUUCCUGAAACAUCUGGAAUCUCGAAUUUUAUCAUCAUGGGAAUUUUAUUUUAUUGACACUCCAAGGUUGCGAACCAUUGUGCUAGCUGGUGAUGGUCAUGAGCCAUAUUGUAGUUAACUUUUUUAUUUUUUUAAAUUGUUUUAUUCAUGUGGGAGAACGCAAUCCUCCAAUGUGAACACUGUCGAUAAUUUAAUAAUGUCGAUAAUAAAACUCAGGGUUGUGUUAAAUGCUUUUAUAGAGUUUACUCAAUUGUUCUCGUUUGCUCGUAAUUUAACCUGAAGAUGUAUUGCUAAU